AUGGCACAAGCAGAAGACACAGAACUCAGAGAUUUAGUUAUUGAAGCUUUGGAAAGAAAUGGCUCUCUUGCUAAAAUACGGGCGUUACUCAGAGCUAAUAUUUUUCUAGCUUUCGAAGAUGAGUGUGAAAAUAUGAAACAAAAUGUUAAUUUAGAUAACGUUUUAAAGUUGCCGGAAGGACUUUUAGCUCUGUCAGUAGUUCACGAAUUUCUAGAAUAUUGUUGUUUGAAAAACACUUUGUUCGUUUACAUGUCGGAAUCUCGUCAAGGAAACGAGUACAAUUACGAUGGAAGGAAAUCACUGGCAGACAAGUUAAAUAUGCGAAAAGAUGAGGCCCUGAAGGAGCCAUUAUUGUUGUCACUUAUUAAAAGUUUCUUGAACCCACAUCACAAACGAAUUAACGACCGUACGAAUAUAAAUUUAAAGACUUAUGAUAAAUGCAGUGACAAAAACUAUAGGGAAGAUCAAAACUGUACUUACAUACUUCAUGAUUCACAAAGUAGUAACACAAGUAAUUCUAAUUCGGACAAUUCAUCAGAUGAGAAAAACAAACUACACCUAAGACUCCAGCUUGAUCAUUCAGAUACAGAUACCUCCAGUGACUCAGUCAGAGAUAAAUCCUGCUCAGAAUAUAUUCCUGGUGAUCACAUACUUAAUGCUAAUAGCAAUAUUAAAGAAUUAAACCCAUUAAACACUAGUGGAUCAGUUGAAAAUAUUGAUACAAAAAGUGAAAAUAAAUCGGCUACUCAAAAUAAACCUGAAAGCCAAGUAAAAAAAGAAAUGAAAUUGUCAAAUAGCAGUAGUGACUCUACUUCAUAUAUAGAAUUAAAACCAUUCAACUCAUUAGAUGAAAAAAUGCUUAAUACUGCUGGACUACCAACUGUUAAAGAAGAUGUCAAAAAUGAAGACCAUUCUAACAUCCAAUCUGUAACAAAUCCACAAAAUGAAGUGCCGUCUCCAAAAUCUGGCACUUUAAGCAGUCUCACACUUGGAUCAUUAAAUACAGAAAAUGAGAAAAAACAACGAAGCAAUGAUAAUCAAUCACUACUACCCACAAAAUAUGAUGAAGAAACUAGUGAGUGCAGUUACAGAGAUGAUUUUUCUUCCUCACCAAUAUUUCAUUUUCAAGAUAUUUCAGGAAGAAAAGGGAAUCAAACAGAAUUUGAUCAGGCCAAUUGGGAGAAAAGUCCUAACAAAAAUUCUUUAGUAGAAAGUCCACAUCAGUUUUCUCAGAGUUCACAGAGUUCUGUAUCAAUAUCAGAUGUUGCCGAUUUGAUAAGUGAAAAAAGUAACUUGAGUAAUACAAAUAAAAAGUCUAGACAGUCGCCUACUAAUCACUCUAAAGACCCAGAAGAUAAUAAAAUGAAUAAAUUAUAUAGUGAUCAUUCAGGAGAUUUCACAGAGUCUCCUGUGCCGUCUCUCUCUAAUUUAAGUCUUGAUAUACACAGUGAUUGA